AUGUACCUGCAGGCGGAUGUUGAGGAUCACGGAGCCCGCGACGUAGAAGUAGGGGAAGUUGGAGCGCAGCUGCCAAGCCAGCUCGAAGAAGGCGAGCAGGGUGCGGGAGAGCCCCUUGCAGAACACCCCGUAGGAGCUGGGGGCCGCGGCCGGGCUCGGGACCCCGAGCGCCAAGGAAAACGGAGCCGCCACGGGGGCCAUGGCCGUGGCCUCGGGGCCGCCGCUCGCCUAGUGCUUGGUGCCGAGGGAGGGACGCGGAGGGUCACCGCAGGCUCCCGCGGGACCGGACCGAUGGCCGGGACGGCGAAGGUGGGGGGCAGGCGCUAA